CGAGAGGAAGGCGAGAAGCGGCGGUUCCGGAAGCCGAAUUGGACGAGACAUCGCCGGCGGAAACGCCGGCACCAGCCACCACCGCGGCAUCCACUCUGAGGCCUCCCUCCGGAUUCGGCUGCAAGAGACUCUGUCACUGUCAUCAUGCAAAGCCCUAGCAAAAUCUCCAGCACCUCUGUCUCCACCACAACAACUCCUGCUGUUUGUGGGAUUCAAGGGUGGGCAGAUCUCCCGGAAGGCCUGCUCCAGUCUAUCAUUACUCUGUUGGGUUCCUUCCUCGACCUCCUUGCAUUUGCUGGCACUUGCCGUUCUUGGCGUGCCGCAUUCUCCUCAUACCCUUCCAAAUCUACGUUUUGUGCCUUGCUCCCGCCUCUCCUCAUCCGACCCAAUAUCUGUGUGCCAGCUCCUCAUCUCCCUUCCAAAGGUGAUGAUGGUCGCAAGCUGCGCACAUGCCAGGUCACUGAUCUGGCCAACCCAAACACCCCUGUUCGCUGCCAGAUUCCUCAAGAGGCAUUUCAGAAGCUGUGUUUUGCAGGCUCUUCCUAUGGUCAGCUGAUUUGUGGCAGUCGCGGAAAUUGUCUUGUUGUUGAUGUGUUCACUGGCGCCAAAGUCUCACCACCACAGCUCCCAUUCAGCAAGGACACUUAUUUCAACGCUGGCAUGCUGACAGCUCCCGUGGCAUCACCAGAUUCACACCUCCUUGUUUGUGUAGAAUCCAACGAGGACUGCACUGAACGCUCCCUGCUUGAUUGGCCGGUUGGAAGCAAUUCCUGGUCAGAACUGCAGCUCCAUGAUUCACGGAUAGAGCAGAUUGUGCAGUUCAAUGGACGGUUCAUCGCGAUGGACUUCCGCUACAGGCUCUACACUCUGUCCUUGGCCCCCCAGCUUAGCCUGCAGGAGAUUACAACUGUGUGGUGGGAUGACAUGGAUGAAUGCCCAUUUCUAAGGCCAUGGCUGGUGGUAUGUGGCGACAUGCUUCUGAUUGUUGACCACUACAUCAGCCUCUUGUUUGGAGCACCUGUCAACUACAAAGCCUACCGCCUAGACAUGUCAACUGAACCUGCAACUUGGGUGGAGGCAGCGAAACUAGAGAAUCACGCGCUCUUUAUUGGUGGCGAUGUGAGGAGCCCAGCAUUUUCUUGCACAAGCCCUGGACGAUGGAGCGGUAGGAGCAACUGCUUGUACUAUGCCCAUGACACUCAACCUUGGAGCUUGCAUGGGCUGGGUGAUGAUGCAGAUGCCGUGUGGGAUGAUUCCACUGACCCUGACCUUGUGUUCAAGAGGAACUGGUACAGACAGCUGCAGCCGUUCUGGGUGUACCCGAGCAUGCUGUACUCAGAUGGCCAGUGAUUGAUGCCCAGCUGCUGCAAAAUGCAGCUGUUUCUUGCUGCUCCUGUGUUGCUGAAAUUUCGUGUUCAAGUUCUUCAGAAACAGAGACUUUUGCCGUUACAUAAAUGAUGUUAUUAUGGUAUUUAGCACUUUGAAAUUGGAAGGACAUAUUUAGCGUUUGCAGGCUUGUUAGUUUCACCGUUGAGAUUUUAGGUGUACUCUAUCUGAAUUAGCAGUGAACAUUUUACACGCAUUUGAGGUUUCGUUUUUC